UGCGUUUAGCGCCCUCUAUCAGGUUUGUUUUACAUUUGUGGACUGAAAUCGUUUAUUAAACAAAGUAAAAGUAGGUAUUUUUCCCUGAAAAAAUCAAAUAAUAAGUAAGUUUUCCUAUGAAAAAAAUCUCGCAACGUAACUAGAAUCAUGUUAUCGUUUCGUGAAAUAUGUACUCCUGCAUUGGUUUAGCCAACAAUGGCCAACCUCGUACGAACUCAGUUCAGAGAAAAUUUUCAACCCUUCCCCCAAACGUAAAUGGCCGCCGGCGAGGAACACUAGAGAUCCGCCUUCCUACUAAAGGCAUUCGUUGGAAAAGUGCUAAAAGCUACUCAGCUGCUGAUAUUCAACUGAUCUGGUGGGGUCAACCGAAAAAACUGCCUGAUUCGGAAAGUACCCGGUUACAUUGGGAACAGGGCAAAACGCGGUCUGUUUUGCAAAUUCCUUAUGGGAUUUUGACCAGCGAGGAACUAUUUCGGAAGUAUUUGCAGGCAGCGGAACCAGUUUAUGUACGACUGGUGUCAAGCAGAACUAGCAGCUUAAUUGGAACUGCUUUAGUUCCAAUUCCGGUUAAAAUAGUAAAUUUUCGUACGGGUGAAUUUGUUCAAAUAGAAGCUACUAGCAGAGGAGAGAUUCUCAGCAAAACUGGUUUUAAGCUUGGAGAAAUUUGUUUUGAGUUUAAUUUAAAAUUUGAUAAACUUUGCCAAAAUCAGGAUAAACAAAACAAAGAGACAAUGGUGCAGAGUUUUAAAAAGGAGCUACCGAUUAUAGCACCGAAACAGGAUCUAGUUGUACAAGGCGAUUCAGUUGUAAUGCAAGUAGCAAAUUAUACACACGAGGUGAAACAAUUUCGCUCUUUGGAUCAUCAUUCACGCGACAAAGUGCUCAAUUAUUUACUUGGAAAAGCGAUGUCUGGUUCUGAAGACGACACCUUAAGUGAAAUAUGUAGCAUUUCUCCAACGGCGAGCUUGAUGGACGCAUUAAGCAAGUUUGAUACUGCACCGCAGUGCAGAAAAGGAGAGUACCUGAAAUUCGUUGAUUCCGUUCUGUUUUGUAUUGAAACGCUAAAAUUUACAAAGGCAGGGUUGAAUGAAAUUUUUCAAAAAUCAAAAACAACAUCCUCACCAUAUAUUGGUUUUAUGGUUAAGGUUGAAAUUCCUUUCCAAUCCAGUUCCAGGUCAACAAUCAAGUUCAACUCCACGUCGAUUUCCGAUGAUGGAGAAACAUUUUUUAAUGGAAAAGCAACCACCAAAAUAAAUUGGCCACAAAAAAUCGACAACUUUCAAUUUGAGUUUGUGGUCUAUUUAGCCCUAGGUCAAGUUGUUCAUCAUCGAUCAUCAAAAAAAAUUGUUCUGUUAGGUUCUGCCACUGUUAAACUAGACGAACUGUUGAACAAUCGAUUUUCUUGCUACAAACGAUGCCCCGUUAGGUUGGUCGCAGACGACAUUGCUCUUGGAAUGCUUACCGUUCGGUUAGAGCUAGGCGCCCGAGGGCUUCAUUUCGGCGCGGAUUUAGUUGAUGCCGUGAUGUUGGGAAAAGAAAAUAUUUCAAUUAGCAGCACUUCUAGUGAAUGUGACAUUUCUGAGCCGUGUUGGUCAUUUAAAUCAUCUGCAAUCAAGUGUUGUAAUAAACUUCCAAAUUGGAAUAAUUGUCGAGGCCGCCCUAUCUGUUGCACUCUAGACGAGCGCAAGUCGAAUGAAUUAACCGAGAAAACCGUUCAAAGCCAGGGUUUACCACCCCAACAGCAAAUUGGUUCGGGAUUACGCUCUCAUUCAGAGAAAACUUCAAGCAUGCCGGAUUCUAAAACCAUGGCCUCCAAAGAUGAGACGGAGGAGCUGUCGAGAAGUCUUUUACAUGGAAUACUUCAUUUUGGACAUCUAAAGGAUGCUCCGGCUCUUCAAAACGGUGGAUACUUUUUAGUAAUCCACGGUUUCUGGUCGAACGAGGAUAGUCCGGUGCUAACUACAGAACAUUGUCAGAACCAGAAUUCUUUCAAUUAUUUGAUCACUUUCCCGGUAAUACCGCAUGCAAGCUUUUUGGAGAGAACCAAGAACCAACACAUGUUGGUAGAGCUCUGGCAAAAAUCAUCGGAUGCAGCCGAAUCACUUGUGGGCGUCACACGGCUUCCGCUGCAUCAAUUUUAUAUAGCGUUUCGUGACGCUCAGUUGACGGAACACUUGGCUCGUGCCAAACUUCCAGUAAUUUCGAUCGAUGGAUGGAGCGGCAUCGGAUCACCUCUGGCAUCCGAUCCUUGCGGACAAGUUCAGGCCGUUCUAGCUAUAGGAACGGAAAAUCAGAUCGAGUACUUCAAGCUAUCCCGUGGCUUUAAGCACACUUCCGGCGAUGCACCAGUUAUUGGAAAUAUGCCGACGGUUCCAGGAAAGCAAUUGUUAAGUAAUGCUCAAGCAGGGCAAACGUCAUCAAUUCCGACGAACUCCCCUCCACCGGAAUGCAUGAUAACUCCAUCGACAGCCAUUUGCCAACAGCGUAGUCAGGACGACUACAAUCCAGUAAAUACUUCUAACACCGGCAAACAGCAAUCCGAAGUGGCUAAUAUGCUUUCGGCUUUCAUUGAAAAUCUAGCUCAACGGUUGCCGAUUUCGUCGGAACGUAGCACUGCUCCGUGUUACGAUCAAAACUUUGCCGAAACGAAAAGUGUUCCCUCGUACCACUCACAGGCAAAUCAACCGCAGCUUCGGCAGACGUCCGACCUGCUAGAAAAUCUACAACGGGCCUUGACACAGCAAACAUCAGCAACCACAGCUCCUGAUAAGCCUGCUGACUCUGGUCCACAAUGCUUCAAAAUUUCUGAUCAUGCUUCCCGGGAUAAACUGUUCAAAGUAUCCGUAGAAAUCGAACAAGCAGUCAAUUUACCGAAGAUGAAUGUUAGUAAAAAAUAUGGUAAGCGUAAUAAGAAUAGGAAUUCUGGAACAUGUACAACUUCUGGAGGAAAUCAACGAAUCGAAGUAGAACCAAGUUCGUACGUAACAUUCGAAGGAUAUAAUCUGCAACCUGGAACGGCAAAUACGGUGAAGUCUCACGAAGGAAUUGUCUAUACAACAGCUGUCGUCGAAAAUUCUUCGAAUCCAAGCUGGCAUAAAAAGCUCGAGGUAUUUUUACCGGUGGAUUUGAUGAUUAAUGACGAGAAAUGCUUUAUUUUGAAGGUUUGGCGUAAAGCAGUCAAUAACAACGACUUAGCCAAAUGUCGAAUGUUACCGGCACCAAUGGAAGAUGCGGUUGUAGGUUUCUCAUCUGUAGAUCUGAGUGUUCUGAUGAACGGAAUGCCUUGCAUUCUUGGUUGGUAUAACAUAAUGGAUUUCUCAGGUCGAUGCAACGGCCAGAUAAAGGUUAAUAUCACUCCAAUGGAGAACGUAUCGCUCUAUAAAAAUUUAAACGAAAGUAUCAAUUUCCAAAUACCACUUUCGAUCGACGUUGAAUGUGCAGGUCUCGAUGCGGGUAAUACCUCACUUAGUCGUGCCCUUAAACGUAAAUUUACUGAAUUGGAAGAAAUCACCCAACGAUUGAAAGCUCGCCUGUUCGAUGUGACCGGUAAUGAAAACGAUGAUCCAGAUGAAGAGUUCGAAAGGGAUCUAAAUACCGAAGCCAAUGAGACCGAUGAUGACGGAUGGGUAAACCCAUCGGAAGACACUAUCGAACAAAAACCUAACCGACAGUAUCCGAACGGAGCACUAACGAUGACGACAAAUACUUCCUCUUAUUCGAUGUCAUCGGAUAAGAAGGUUGCAGAGCGUAGUUUGACCGGGUGUUCGGAUCAUUCCUCGCAGCAGUCUGCUAUGGCUGCUGCUAUUGAUCAAUUGGAAAUAGAGAAGCUUCUUAAAAAGCAUGAUCUCGACACACUGAUCAAUCCGAAUAUUCUGAAAAAUCUGCUGAACCCAGCAAUUGUGUCCACCUCGGAAUCUACACCGAUGAGCAAUCCAUAUGAAAACAUCGCAGGAAGUGGUUCACCUGCAGAAACUAGUGAGGACGCCGAUAUGAGUGAAGGCUCGGCCGAAGUGGGUGGAUCAAUAGCUUCAGACAGGGUGAAAUUAAUUUCAUCAGCUUUGCAAAGAACAACUAUUUCGGAUGCUUGCGAACCGACCACUAGAACCAGUUCGAAUUCAAAUAGCGAGCGGUGCGAGCAUCAAAAUCAACGAGAAGCACCAGAGGGAGAACCGAUGAAGAUCAACGAUAAGUAAAUUUUACAAUUUAUUUUACAAAAGAAACGAUCUAUGUAAUAUUUUUACGUCAAUUGUGGUUAGCAUAUACGAACAAAACAAACUUUGACGACGGUGAAUAUGCAUCACUAUUGAGCUAGAAUAAUCGAAAGUAUUUGCUGGUAUCAUUAUGCCUAUAAUAAUAAAAAACACUGCAAACUGA